CUGUGUAAACAUCUCAUGUUGGCAAAAGACAGAAAUAUAAAUAAAUGAUGCAAUCUAACUUUUUAUCUACCAUCUAAACUCAACGUUCACUAGAUCAACUACGCUAACAAACGAGGUCACGCCCACUUAGGAGACAGGAAGUACGCAGCCUUACAGUUUCACACCAUUGGCGCGUGAGAAUUUUUUCUCUAACCGUCUCUGGCACACACCGCCGUUAUUGGAAAACAAGAAGAGACCAGAAUGAGCCAUUUCAGUAGACCCGACAGACACAGGACACCAUCGUUCACCAGGGCAACCCACCUUAGAGCAUUCAAGUCUGACCUGGAGCGAGAUUCAGGCUUCUCAGAUGCCAGCUCUGAGUACCUCAGUACAGUCGAUCUGACUGACUCUGAAGAUGCAGGAAGGAACGGGUCGCUUGUCGGCCAGGACCCUUCUGGUCCACAGGUGGCUCUGAUAGGAGGCUCAUAUGCUGGACUGUCUCCAAUGAUCAUCAUGAAUAACAUUGUGUUAAAGCAGCCACCCCCAAUGGUUCCAGCAGAAAAACAGUGGGGCUUUCCUUCACCCUUGGAAGUAAUGCCUCAGUCACAGGUGGUUCUUCUUCAACCCAUGGUAUCAAAUGGUAGCAGCAGCUCUCCAAAGACUGGCUUUGAAAAUAUUCGACAAUCAAAAAGCUACAUGCCCAUCCUCAAGUCAUAUCCCAGAAUUGCCCCACACCCAGCGGAUGUGCCCACAAAGAAAGUGGAAUCCUCCAAGAUGAGGGUGAGCUCAACAUCAGGAUAUGACCGGCGAAAGAAAAAGCACCACCACGGCCACCGGCACUACAGCUCCAUCAGCCCGCAGCCAGCACUGCAGACUACAAUCAACCCCAUCUCCAACUUUGAAGCAGCAAACCAUCAAUUACAGGCAGUUGAGAGUCAGGAGCACCUCAGUGACAAGUCUCUCUCUCCGCUGACAGGGAGCAGCUCUUUGCUCCCCUACACAGAUGAAUUCAGGACGCAUAUUGACAGCAACAGAAUGGAUGCCAACCAGGACGACGCUAUCUCAAUAGACAGUAUUAAACUGAAACGUUUCAGCAAUACCUACAACAUUCUCAAUAAAUCUGGCCUGCUGGGGAUCACCAUGCGCACGAAGCAGCUGAUUAAGGAGAAUAAGCGCACCCAAGGUCAACUGCAGCAACUUCAGCAGCAAACAGCCCUGCUGCUAGAGGCUCUAAGCAGUGGAGACCCCCAGCUCUGGACUAAACUGCAGCUCUCUCUGCAGCACACAGACAAGGAGCAAUGUGGAGCUAAAGCCAAGAGAGUCAUAAUGUGAUAUAUUGAUGGACAUGACCAGCAGUACUCAAUCAGGGGGACACACAAUUUAUUGAAUGUAAAAAGGUAUAUCUCAAAUCUUUACAUGUGAAAUAGUCAUUAUAGCAUCUAGCAAUUAAAGUAAACAAACAAUAAUUUAUAAAGAAAUUAAACUAUAUACGUUCACGCUUUUAUCAGGACAGUACAAAUCACCUUAACAUUCAGUACUGCUGGUCUAAUAUAAAGCUGAAGCACAUUAAUACCAAGUGGGAGCUGUAGCAUGACAGAAGCAUGCUUACAUUUCAAACCCUUGCCUAUAAUACAUUUUCUUGCCUCGUUUCAAAAUGGCAAGAAUCACUUGCAGUAGGGCUAUGACUUCUCGAUGUUGAACCCCUAAUUGCAUAAAAAGCAUGUAUACAGCACAUGUGAGUGCACAUGGGGUUAAUUCCUUAUACAUGUCCUGGCUGAUUGCUGUAUAGAAAAUAUAAGCAUACUUUUUUAAAACCAGCAUGGAUACAUGUGGCCUGCGUUUCCUCUUUAAUGAGAUCUUAAAUCAGUAGGACAGCACCCUUUCCAUUUUUCAUUUACUUUGUUUUUAAGUUGGUUGAGCUAACAGUUUGUAUUCUCAAACAGCAGCUGGAUAGCUCACAGUGAGAGUUCAGAGGAAUGGCAAAACCAUAACUUGCUAACCAUAACAUUUUAUUUUUGUUUGUAAUUUUACAAAGGAUGUUACUUGGUGUCACUAUUAUUAUUUAUUAUUUCAGACCAAGACAAAAGCAGUGUGUAUAAUAUUAACAAACCAAGCACAUUAUAACGAGUUUGCCAGUUCACUGCUAAAGAUAUUUUUAAGAACCACGUAGGCAUUUGUGGAAGCUAAAACUGUAGCGAGUGAAGUGCUGUAGCCAUAUAUAUUUUUCCUUUUGACUUUGCUUAUGUUCCUGCCAUGUUUGUACGGGCUGCUUAAACGUAGCGUUAUGUAUGGAUGGAAACUUCAUGGCAAAAGACAUGUCAACUAAAUAGUUUCAUAAUACACUCUUGCACUUUAGUUAUAAGAUUAUUGACAAAUGUUACAACUUUUAUCCCUAAAUGAGCGUUUUCUGUCUUGAUAAAACAAAGUGAAUAUAAAUGUUUAUCUGGAUUCCUGUGCCUUUUUGAACAUGUUAAUGUUUGCACUUUAUAUCUAUGCUUGAUCAGCUUAGAUUGUGAGCUUCAUGUGGAGGAAAGUUAAAUGUACUUAAAGGUCUCCAACUAAAUAAUAUUGUUCUUUUAAACUAAACAAAUCAUGCCCUGGCUAGGCGAUCCAGAGUUGAUGUAGAAAGAGCAUGAAGACAAGUUAAUUCAUAAACGGUUUGUUUUUAAAUGUAAAGUCGAGGUUACCUGUUGUAUUAUUUAUUUUACUAACAAUAUGCUACUGUUGAAAUAUUUUUUAAAUAUGAGUAGUUGUAAAACUAAGAAAUUGUCAAAGUAGCCUUGGUUUUGAAAGGGACAAAUUAGGGUUACAAAAAUAACUAAGAUUACUAUUCAAAGAUUGCUUUUUUCUUGGUUUUGUGAAGUCAUUUCUGUGUCAUUUCUAUGGCAAAUGUCACUUUGACUAAUAAUAAACUGUCAUAAAACUCUCUUUGAAGAC